UGGGCCGUGCCAAGCCUCGCUUGCAAGCUGCAGCUCUAAGUGAAAAAGAAGGAAGAAAACAAAAUAAUUUGUCUGUUUCAGUGAGUUUGUGGACUAGAUUCUUAGGUGGGUCUUCUCAUGUUGGUUAGUGCAAGUCGCAGUCUUCUACUUAUUGCUCGAGGAAAAUGGCAGGCAGAUCGAACAGGAAGUUCUGAAAAUAUCAGCUAGAGCUCACACCAUAGCCAAGAAACCCACAGCUACUUCUUUUCGAGUUCCUUCAGCAAUGCUAGUGCCAAUAGCAGCUGCCUUGAUAGCCGGUUUAUUGGGUUAUGCAUAUCAGGCAUUAAAGCCUCCGCUUCCAAAGGUUUGCGGGUCGAUUGAUGGUCCUCCUGUUACCAGUCCUAGAAUCAAACUUAGUGAUGGGAGACAUUUGGCCUACAGGGAGACAGGAGUUCCUAGGGAAGAGGCUAAGUACAAAAUCAUCAUCAUUCAUGGUUUUGACAGCUCCAAGGAUCUGAACUUACCUGCCUCUCAGGAACUGAUAGAGGAAAUGGGGAUAUAUUUCGUGCUUUUUGAUAGAGCAGGUUAUGGGCAGAGUGAUCCAAAUCCGUCAAGGACGGUGAAGAGUGAAGCAUAUGACAUUCAAGAGCUUGUGGACAAAUUGCAGAUUGGGUUGAGGUUUUAUGUAAUUGGAAUCUCAAUGGGAGCCUACCCUGUUUACAGUUGCCUAAAAUAUAUACCACAUAGGUUAUCAGGAGCUGCCCUGGUAGUUCCCUUUGUGCACUACUGGUGGCCUCGUUUUCCUUCCAAUUUAGCAAGUGAGGCUUUCAAGAGAUUAUUAGUGCAGGACCAAUGGACAUUUCGAAUUGCUCAUUAUGCUCCUUGGUUAUUCUACUGGUGGAUGACUCAGAAAUGGUUCCCUUCUUUAAGUAUCACGGCUGGAAAAACUGAAAUUCUUAGUGAGGAAGAUUUAGAGAUCUUGAAGAGGUGGUCAGAAACCCAAACUGUUGGUCAGGAUAACAUUCGACAAGGUGUUUAUGAAUCUCUACAUCGAGACAUAAUGGUCAGUUAUGCAAACUGGGAAUUUGGUCCAACAGAUCUGAUUAAUCCUUUUCCAAAGGAAGAGGGAUCAGUUCACAUUUGGCAAGGUUGCAAAGACAAAAUCAUUGCUUCUCAAAUGAACCGUUAUAUCUCUGAGAAACUCCCAUGGAUUCAUUAUCAUGAGGUUCCUGAUGGAGGACAUUUCUUGAUCUUUGAGAGGAAAAACUGUGACGCAAUUUUAAGGGCGCUUUUACUCACAUAAGCAUCUGCCCUCAUAGUUGACCUGUUCAGUUGAUGUUUAUAUCGAGUAGAUUGUUCAGUGUAAGAAAGGCCCCUAUGCAUGUAAAGGAAUAUAUUUCCAAUUUCAGCAAACGAUAUAGCAGCAAAGUGGUAAUGAUUUCCUGCACAAUCUGAGAUGGGGGAGUUUAAUAGGAUGGAGCUAAGAAUCCAUUUAUUUGGUAAGAAUAAGGCAUUUAGUUGAUUACUUGGGAGAGUCAGGAAGACAAAAUUAUGCUUUUGAAUUACCAUGAUAUAUUGUUCAUGGAUCCCGGCCUCAUUGAGGUCGAAAUGAAGGUUUGUGUCAUCCUAAAGUGUAAAGGUGUUCAAAUGAGAGUUCAUUGGAACGAAUUUGCAUGAAUUUUAUACAUGAAAGUUUUCUUUCUUAUGAAGCAAA